UACCACUGCCUGACAUAGAAGAUUUUGAGACCUCGGAAUAAGGCACAGCAAAAGAAUUAGAAACCAGCUCCAAUGGAAAAAGAGGUUGUGGAAAACCUUUGGAACGGUGAUAGAGAUUCUCAAAUUCAAGCAGCUUUGGAACUGGGUAGAUUAAGCAGGAAGCAGAGGCACAAGUUGGAAGAGAGUGGUGUUAUGGUUCCUCUUGUUUCCAUGCUUCAUUCUCAAGACUAUGAAGCCAUAGAAGCUGCUUUGUGUGCCUUGCUCAGCCUUUCCUUUGGCAGUGAAAGAAAUAAGAUUCGGAUCAUCAAAUCUGGAGCUUUGCCAGUUCUGGUGAGUCUCCUCUAUUGUCAUAGCCAGACAGUGAUCAUACAAUUGACAUUAGCAGCCAUGCUAACCCUCUCUUCUUGCAAGGCAAAUAAGGUAGCAAUUGCUUCAUCUGGGGCUAUCCAACUCUUGGCUGAAUUUGUCAACAGCAAUUGUAGCACUCAGUCUCAGCUUGAUGCUAUAGCUACUCUACACAACCUCACAACCUGCAAAGAGAUUAUGCCAUUGAUUGUCUCUUCUGGUGUUAUGUUCUCCUUGCUUGAACUGAUCCACAGCACAGUAAAAUCAUCUCCAUUGGUUGAGAAAGCAAUUGAGUUGCUAGAGAACAUUGUGUCUUCAUCAGAGAGUGCACUUUGUAAGGCUGCUGGUGCUGGUGGAGCGAUCGGGAUACUAGUCGAGACUAUUGAAGAUGGAUCUUUACUAAGCAAAGAGCAUGCAGUGAGUAUACUUUUACUUAUAUGCCAGAGCUGCAGAGAGAAAUAUAGAGGGUUGAUUUUGACAGAGGGAGUGAUGCCAGGAUUGCUUCAGUUAAGUGUGGAUGGAACAUGGAGAGCCAAAUCCAUCGCUCAAGAACUGUUGUUGCUUCUGAGGGACUGCUCCAAUUAUGGCUCAAGAUGUAAACAAAUCAAUCAUGAGCUUAUAGAACGGAUAAUGGAAGAAAUUGAAGCAGAAGGAGAGAAAUUGGCAGAUACUACUUUAAGGUUGGUAGAGGAAAUGAUUGCAAAGCUCAAUGCUUAAUAAGUCAAGUAAGCCUUCAUGCAUCACUUUUCUUUUUCCUUUCUAACUUGUUGGCUGACAAGGACUUAUAGUUCAGGACUUCAUUGCUAAGAAAAUAUUAGUAAACCAAUGUAGAAUUGAGACCAUUGCUGUGUACAUAAAAUUGGUUCGGGAUCUCUGGUAUCAUUUAUAUUUGAAUUUGGUGGUAUCAAUUGCUAGGUAUGCUUGGCUGCUAAC